AUUACGGCACUGGCAAGAAUAAGUUGGACCUCGUCUGUCUUCACUGAAAUCCAAAAUCAUAUCAAAACUAUGGCGAUGCUGAGAAUUAGAAAAAGAAGCUAUUUCGGCAUUUGGACUUUUCCUUUAAUCGUGGCCGUUGUUUGUGCGCAGAGUGUCAAUGACCCUAGCAAUAUGUCACUCGUCAAAGAAACUGUGGAUAGACUGUUGAAAGGAUAUGACAUUCGCUUGAGGCCAGAUUUUGGAGGUCCCCCGGUGGGAGUAGGAAUGAAUAUAGACAUUGCGAGCAUAGAUAUGGUAUCUGAAGUCAAUAUGGACUACACGCUGACGAUGUAUUUCCAGCAGGCUUGGAGGGAUAAGAGGCUGUCCUACUCGGAGAUUCCCCUCAAUCUCACACUGGAUAACCGAGUAGCCGAUCAGCUUUGGGUCCCGGACACCUACUUCCUGAACGACAAGAAGUCCUUCGUGCACGGCGUGACGGUGAAGAACCGCAUGAUCCGGCUGCACCCGGACGGCACCGUGCUCUACGGCUUGAGGAUCACCACCACCGCUGCCUGCAUGAUGGACCUCAGACGGUAUCCCCUGGAUGAACAGAACUGUACGCUGGAGAUAGAGAGCUAUGGCUACACCACAGAUGACAUCGAGUUCUACUGGCGAGGAGGUGACCAUGCAGUGACGGGGGUGGAGCGGAUAGAGUUGCCGCAGUUCUCCAUCGUGGACUACAAGCUCAUCUCCAAGAACGUCGUCUUCUCCACCGGAUCGUACCCGCGACUCUCCCUCAGCUUCAAGCUGAAGAGGAACAUCGGCUACUUCAUCCUGCAGACCUACAUGCCCUCCAUCCUGAUCACCAUCCUCUCCUGGGUCUCCUUCUGGAUCAACUACGAUGCCUCAGCUGCCAGAGUGGCCUUGGGGAUCACCACCGUGCUGACCAUGACCACCAUCAACACGCACUUGCGGGAAACGCUUCCCAAAAUCCCCUACGUCAAGGCCAUUGACAUGUACCUCAUGGGCUGUUUUGUCUUCGUCUUCCUCGCCCUGCUGGAGUACGCCUUAGUGAACUACAUCUUCUUCGGUCGAGGGCCGCAGAGGCAAAAAAAGGCUGCCGAGAAAGCGGCCACCGCCAACAACGAGAAGAUGAGGAUGGAGGCCAACAAGUGGUUGGUGGGAAAUGUAGUUCAGAGAGAUGAUACUCUCUAUGCCAGAAUGAAACAGAGGGACAUUGAUGCUCAUGACUCGAUGUGGGAACCGAUCUUUGUGGACGAUGCAGCAAUAGGACUAGGGGAACAAAAGAAUAAGAUGGACCCCCACGAAAACAUCCUUUUGAGCCCCUUGGAAAUCAAGAAUGACAUGGGAACAUCAGAGCUGACCCUGGGUCUCGGUGACCCGCGGAGCACGAUGCUGGCCUAUGACAGCUCGGCACUCCAGUACCGCAAAGCCGGCUUGGCCAGGCCCAACUUCGGACGCAAUGCGCUCGAGCGCCACGUGGCGCAGAAGAAGAGUCGUCUACGGAGGCGUGCAUCGCAGCUGAAGAUCACCAUCCCCGACUUGACGGACGUAAACUCUAUCGACAGGUGGUCGAGGAUGAUCUUCCCCACCGUAUUUUCCUUCUUCAACAUCGUCUAUUGGCUCUACUACGUCAACUAAUGCCGAUGGAGCGGGAACGGGUGACGAUGCCUCUAUGCCGAUAGAUUUUCCAACGCGAGCAAGACUCUGAAUUCCUGUCACACCCGAGCUACAGUCAGAACUGGGUCCAUUUUAUUUCAGAACACCUGAAUUGCUGGCUAACACGUUAAAAACCGUAGAAUGAAGAAAUGAAAAAAAAAAAAUACAUUUUCAUACCGUGCCUGGUCAAGUAUUUAAGUUUUGCAUCAUAAAUAGUUUAUUUUUUAAAGAAGCUUUAUUGUUUUUUUUUCAAAUAUUGUUUUUGCAGCCAUUAUCUCAAUAUUUCAGAUAUUUUUUAGAGAAUUAUGUAAGCACUACGUAUUAGUGUAAAUUAGGCCAUCUCACUAAAUACAUGAUUAUAAUAAAAGUAGUAUGUUUUGAUAAAAUUUUUAUAGGUUAAUUGUUUUAACCUGGAUGAAAUGGUUUUAUGAUUAGCCAAGAAUGUUCCAUUCAUCCUACAGAAUUCCAUAAAUUAUAGUUGAGGAUUUGUAAAUAAAGAUUUUUUAACUACCCAUUUUUUAUUUAUAGAAUGUUACGAGAUUCUAUUUAUUAACAUAUAACGCCAUACUUCAUUUAUACUAGUUUCUGCCAUUGAAAACCCUACUGCCAAAUCCACAGUGUUACAUAGUGUACAUACUGAAAAAGUACUACUAAAAUAGAGUACUAUCUAUUUUAAUUCAGAGAAACUACCUUUUCAUUUGUUAAAAUACUUUAUGUUUUUCAUUAUUAUUUUUUAAGAUGAGUUUAUUGAGUUGCUUUGAUUUGUUUUGUAGUUGCUUGCAUCAACUCUGAAAUGCGUUUUUGAAAGGGUUUGAAAGGACACAAUCCUCUUGGUCUAAUCGUGCGAUGACAAAAUUUUAUGCGACUUUUUCAUUUUUAUUUCCCCAACACUGCAGUGAUUUUCAUUUGUAAUAUACUGACACUUGUCGUUGCCGCCGUUCCUUUGCUGAUAAUGGUUAUAAAGGCGACGCUUAGCGCAGCGACUGAGGCCGUGCAUCACUUGGAAGUAUCUGGAGCGAGGAGGCGCGUUUCCACCUUUGACUUUCACGAUGAACUGUAAAUAUCUCUUGUAUAUGAUUGUUAACAUGUUAUCUUAUUUUACGCGAGCAUUCAUGGAGUAUACUUUGUGUUUACAUGAAGAAUGGUACAUUUCUGUUUAUUACUUGAGGGCAUUUCGGGGGGGGGGGGGGGUGACUUUAAAUUUAUUUUAUUUAGGUGCAUGUAUUUAAAAGCCAUGUGAGAGAAAAGCAUCUGUCAUGGAACUACAGUACCCAGAAUACUUUGCACAGAAACUGUUCAAACCAUCCAGCCGGACAGAAAUAUUGACCUGCCAUUUUACCUUCUUUGCGAUAAAAGCCAUUUGGUAGCUAUUUAGCGCACAUUCCUCCAUGUAAAGAAAUCCUUCAGAAGUAGACGGGUUGAACGGCAAAACACUCAGCACAAUGUCUCUUUGGCGUCACUCAUGAAAAAACAUCACGUUCAUUUUAUUAGCAUGGUUUGUUAUCCUUUGCGCAGUUAUGGCUUGUGUUCUAGUUUUACGGGGAUUUCUAUGCCUAUUUAAUUUUAUAUGUGUAGGUUGGUGACAAACCUUGUGUAUAACCAAGAUAUAAUGACGUCAUCUCAUUUCAAAACCGGUCUAUUAUGGUUGAAUAAUCUCCGUAAUCUUGAUAAUCUUUUGUCCUGAUAUGAUCAUUUAUACACAACUUUUGCUAGAACACAAAAAGUAAUAAAAGACUGUGUAAAUGAUAAUGAAAAUGUAAGUGAUAAUGAACAUAUAAAAUAUUGAUAGUAUAAACAUGGAUAAUGUUACAUGGCUGUAGUGGUUUAUAAGUGACUUCCCAGACUGCAGAUGAAAUGUAACCAAACAUGGGCACAGUAUGCAAUAAAAUUUGCAGACUUUCGAAUUCUAGCAAUAGGUUAGAAGUAUGAAAGAAAUGAAUAUACAAAUAUAUAGUAUAUAGCUAGCGAUAAAGGGCAGCUGCAGGGAUAUCCGUUUCAUACCUAGAGUACACACAUAAUCAUUCCUAUUACUGCUGCUACUGUAUGAUAUCAAUUAAACAAUCCAGAGAUGGAGAUUUCAGGUGCAGAGAGUUCAAAUCCAGACCAGGAUUUUGUUUCAGCCAACCAGUUCAGUUUAAAGAGUCACAGUCACAGAGUAUGCAAGUAUUUGGUUGAAACAAAAUAUCGGUCUGGAUUUGUACUCUCUGGAGCCGAACUCUCCACCUCUGUAAACAUCUAACCGAUUUAAUAAUUGCACUAGUUAUUUCUUGGAUAUUUUCAAAUUCAUUCAAAUCAGUGGAACAGUUGCGGUGAAAUUUGAUGUUUCUCUCGUUAAAACCCAUGCAGACACUGACGCCAGUGUGGUUCAUCUUUGAUUAUUACUCAUAACUUCUUGGCCCUUGCUAACAUUGUGCUACACUUAAUCUCAAAUCUUUUCAUUUGCAAGCAUGAAACAAUAUAGAAUCACUGUUUUCAAACUGGCAGCAAGAGGGAGAAAAGCUUCCUUACUAAAAAUUUGUUGCAAUCAAUAAGCUAUAAUUAAUAUUUUAUAUUAUAUCUUAUAUAUAUAUAUAUAAGAAAAUGAUCCGGUUGCUGCUUCCUUUUAAAUGUAUCAGCUCUACUUUCAUGUGGAUUGUAAGAGCAUCGUUAUGCUGUCUAUUUGCGAGGUGUGUGACGUCUUUUCUACAGUCAUGGAAAUCUUCCCUUUCCAAAAGCCAAAGUAAACAGCAGGAAUUAGACAGGGUACCCUGACAAGAAUAAGAAUUUAAACCAAGUCUUCCUUAAAAUAUCCUCUUUGUUUCAUUGUAUGUCACAUCCUGUGUUUUAAGUGUCAUGAUGUGAUUCGUGAUCGAUGUCAUUCCAUUGAAAGCUCAUGGGAGUUUUACCUACACAAAAAUAUUCUGAGGGCAGAAUGAAAACUGACUGGUUCAGAGAGAUAACCAAUCGAAUUGUAGAGGAGGCGGGUCAAAGCAACUAGAGGAGGCGGGACCAAAACGCUCCCAUGAGCCCUUUACAAUGCCUUAAUAUAAAUACUGCACAGGUCCAGACAGCAGUGGAUAGCAAAUGGUCUUGUAAUGAUGCAGACAUGCCAUGUCAAUUAUUUGUAGCCGCCUGAGUGUUGGGAGGGUCCCUCCCUCAUGUACCCCUAAAUGCGGGGUCCAUGCUUGUAUACCCCUAAGAAGGAAGAGAAUCCCCCCUCAUGUCCCCCUGAGUAUCAGGAAGACACGUGCUUGUGUUCCUCCUGGAAAAUAUCCAACUAAAUAACUGGGUUAAGUAUCAGAUAAGAAACUGGUUAAUGUUUAAUCUUAUAAGAGACUGCAGCAGUUUAUAAAGUUCGCCGAAUGAUACUAAGAGUAAAUCUUCAUUUUGGAUGAUUCGUUAAAUACGUGUCGGAAAUAAACCUGAUAUAACAUUGAAAAUGAAUUAUGAACGUUUGAUUUAUCAUUACAAUUAUUAUAGUUACUAAGUAAUAUUAUGUUGUUACUGUAAUAGUCAUGUAGCUACUGUCACAAUGAAUCUAUUCUGUAUACAAAGAGUGUACAUGCAAUUACUGCAUCAUUUUGUAUCAUUCAUAUCCUAUAAAGCCUGAUUCAUUGUGUGUCUCAUAAAAGUGCAUCGCUGAUUAUACACAUGUCCCUACAUUUCUGAAUACAUGCAUUUUUAUUUUAUUUUUACAUUUUUUGCAAGUGCUCUAUUGUAAGACGUUACCUGGGUAUCUAGAUUUUCCAUCUCUUAACUAUAAUUUAGCAGGUAAAUAGCUGUCUUAAUAUUAUUGAUGUAACAUUUAAGGGGGUCAGGGAUUUAAAUACUAUGUUGCGAUAUGUUGCUAGCUGUAUAUAUGAAAUCUUCUGUGAGUACAUAAAAAAUGGAGCCGUAUAAUAUUGUAAAUAUUAGAGAAUUUCUUAAAACGUUUUUAAACUUCCUAAUUUGUAAUAUACUUAAAUGUGAACAAAAGCAAUUACAGAUUUAAUGGCCUAUAUAUAUGAAAAGUGUAGAGGGAAAAGCGUUUCAGAGAAUCUGUGGCUGUUAAAUCGAAACUUCAAAGAGGAAGAUGCAAGUCGGUGUGUGUGUGUGUGUGUGUGUGUGUGUGUGAAUAACACCUAAAACAGGGUUAUGUUACUGAAGAAGAAUUGCAUUAAAAUGCUUCCUUUUUAAUUAAUUCACUUUUAGUGCAUUUUUCAUUUUACCACACAUCGCCGUUUCACCUGACAUUCAUAUAGGUGUUUAUUUUUGACAAAAAUGAAUUUUGAUGGUGAUAAGUAAGGAAGGAGACCAAAUGAUUUAUAGUAGAUGAGCCUUUAUCUGCUUGCUGUAAUGUAACAGAAUAUCAGACACAUCCACCCCAUUGAACUGAAACAAUAUUUUUUAUUGAAAUAACAAAAAAAAACCUUGUUUUCAACAUAUGGAUUUUAUGCAGGAAACAAACAUUUUGCAUAAUAUUAAAUCUGUUAAAUACUCAUUUAUCAUUGCUGAUGUUUAGAGCAUCUUAUGAUUUAUAAUUACAUGCUUGAUUAUUCAUUCCACAUCUAAAGUCAAUAUAUUUCAACACCUGUCUUUCAUAACAAUCUAGCAGUAUUUCCCGAUGCUAAUGGUUUCACGGGGAAUUCCACUCCCAAUCCGCAGUAUAGCUUCAAACAUUUAAGGCUGCAGACAUUGGUGUGUUUUUGUUGGAGGUUAUUAAUGACCUGAAAUAAAAGCUACAGGUCUGAGAAUUAAUAAACAGGGCCCUUUAGAUUUUAUUGUUUGAGAGGAGAGUCUUCUUGCUGUGUCCUGUGGGUCAAGCAUGCAGCCCCUGUCAUCCAUACUAAGAAAGCAGUUUUCUCAAACAACAAUGGUGUACCUAGAACCCAUGGCCCCCCUGACAAAAUAUCAACUUGGGCUCCCCCUGAUAUGGAUGGGAGAAGAAAUAUGGGUCCCCCACAGUAGAAUUUACCAAUUGUGGUGGGAAGGAGGGGGGGGGGGGUCAAUUGGUACAAUUUGAAGAGCAGAGGUAAUAUUAUUUCCCAACAAAUAAAUGAUAAUAUUUCAUAUUUAUGGACCCUGUAAAGUGCCCUCCCACCUCCAUAUCUCCCAAUGUAUCCAGGCCCCUCCCCUCCUACCCACCUGGGUCUGGCCUGUCCUAAAACUCUUAUGCUAGAUCCCAAGUAUGGGUUACUAACCAACCAGCAAAAGCCAAAGUCUGACCCCUAAUCCAGUGGUUCUCAAACUGUGUUAGCAGAACAAGCUAAUAUGGUGUUUGUGCAAAAAAAAAAAAAAAAUAGGAAUUUAAAAUUGAAAUCGAUGUAAAAUUACUUGAUAUAAAAAAAUACAUUUUCAGGUUGAAUAAGAUAUUAAUCAACCUGAAAAGCAAGGUCACCCCCUCACUGACACGGUAAGUGCUGUUUCUUGUGUGUGUGUGUGUGUGUGUGUGUGUGUGUGUGUGUGUGUGUGUGUGUGUGAGUGUGUGAGUGUACGCGCACUUGUAUUCAGGUCACUGUGAUUUUUUUCACCCAUGUGGCAUUUGCCGAUUUUGAUUUCAAAGUGAUACUUGCUCCAAAUCGCUUGAAAACCAUUGCAUUAGUCCGUUCACACCCAUACCGACAUUCUUUGCAAAGAACUCUUUCCAAUGAUUCGUUUCAUUUUAAUUUCCAUUGGUAUAAAUUACCGCCAUAGGUUUCAUCAGUCGCCCUUUUGUAUGUGAUUAAUACUGCUUAUUUUCUAACACAAAAAAGACAAUGUGAAAACUGUUGGCAUUCACCUUGGGGUUUAUGUUCUCACCGGGUUCGAAAAGGGCUGUAAGCGGCUGAGCUGAAGUACUGACUGUACAAUUAAUACUUUCUGAAAGGACAAAUUAUAAAUGAAACACAAAGACAUUGCAGCCAAUCUCUGCAUGUAAAUAUGAAAAACUGUUCGACUGGUGUGUACUUUUUGAAAUUGAAAUGCAAUAUGAAUAAAAGAUAUUUAACUGA